AUGGCUUCUAGUAAAGCACGCCUGUAUCUAUAUUACAUAGUUAUAUUUAUAAUAAGUUUGGGAGCAUUUUAUGCUUUUCAUCAUAUAACACGUAAACAUCCACCGGAUUAUUUAUAUACAGAAAAAUGUAUAUUAUGUGCAAUUUCAAGUUUUUUCAAUUUGUUUGUACUCUAUUAUCAUUAUACUCAUGCACCACAUCCAAAAUUUGUUAUCUUAAAACAGCGUCGAAUUUCUAUUUAUGUGCAUAUUUUCUCUGGAGUUAUAGAAUUUGUUACCUGUUGGAUUGCUUUUUGGACUGGCAGUGCAUUUAUUGGAAGAAUUGCUUCUCUUGCGGCUAUUUUAGGUCAUGUUCCUUCAGCAUAUUAUCAAACAUCAAUUGUUUUUGGUGCUAAAGCUUUGAUGGUUGCUGCUUAUUUAUUUGCAAUAUCUCUUCAUCUUUUUUCUGCAUUACAUUUAUUUGUUGAACCAAGUUCAGUUUAUUGGUUACUCAACAUGUUUUUAAUUCACAAUAUUUAUGUAUGGUGUCGAGUAUUUUAUUUCUUUUUUGGUUUUGCAGGAUUAUUUCAAGAUACUUUAUACACAACUUCAAUUUGGACAUCAGGUCUUAUUCUAUUUCCUGCAGUACUUGGUGUUUCAGCUAAUAUGUUAUUCAUAGGUUAUGUUGCAAGUAGUGUUAUACUUUAUUUAUCUAUUGUUAGACCAAAUUCAAUAGAUCGUGAACUUUUUGUUAGUGAACGAACACGUGAUCUUCUUGUAAACAAAGCUAUUUUUGAUCAUUGGAUUAAGGAAAAAGGUCGACUGGCAACCUCAUCUAAUGAACAUCAUCUUACUGAUAAACAAAAAGCUAAGGAAGUUUUUGAUGUAUUAGAUGCAAACAAAAGUGGAUAUAUCGAUGGUGAAGAAGUCAAUCAUUUAUUAUCAGAAUGGAAAGUUGCAGAAGCAUUCAUGAAACGAUUUUCACGUUUUUCACAAAAAGGACAAGUAACAUAUGAUCAAUUUUAUAGACAUAUAUGGCGUUUAGGUGAAACAUCCAUGAAUAUUAAAAAGGAAGGUGAAAUCAAAGAAAAUAAAGCAAAAGCACGUUUUAUUUUCGAUUGUUUGGAUAGUGAUUCCAGUGGAUAUAUUGAAUCGUUUGAAUUACAAAAAUUAUUAAUUCAAUGGGGUUUACCAGAAAAUGAAGUUGAUGAUUACCUUACUACUGAUGACGAUAAAAUGUAUUCAUUUGAUGAGUUCUAUCAUAAUAUGAAGCCAAUUUGGGAUUUUGCAUAUGAGAACAUGGCUAUAAACAGUAAAGCUGCUCACGCAGCACAACCGCCUCAUCCACAUUCAAGUUAA